AUGUCUGCCUCACCAAGCUCUACUGCCUUCCGAUCCCGUGGCUUCCAGGCACCAUCUAGUUCUACACCAGUGCAACCACCUACUGUGUCUGAUCUGCCCAUCAACACUGAUGUGCAUGGUGAAGCUGAUGACAGCGAAGUUGCUGGAGACACCAACAACAAUGGCACUGAUAGUGAUGACCCUACCCCUGGUGAUGCCUCUACUGUCAAAAGCAUUGAGACUUUGAUCACAAAAUAUGCAGCCCUUUAUGCCAUUUUCCAUUCUCCUUUUUUAUCGAAAGCUUCCCUUCUGGUGGAACUCAGCAGUGAUUUCCACUCAUGGGCACCAACAUAA